AGAAGGGUGUCCCAAGCUCCCUGCCCCACAAGGACUUUCUGAGUAGCCCUCAGUGCAGAGCCUAGAGGAGAGGGCGGUCAGCACUUGAGUGUCCUGGAGGGAGUUCAGCUCCGAGAGGGUGCACUUUUCACUUUCGUUCCUCUUGUUUUUGCCUCCGCUAGACAGACCUGAGUGUCUGGGAAAGACAGAGAUACAGGCCUCUCUGCAGAGCAUAGCCCUGUCCGUGGAGACUGGAGACCCUGACCCAAGAGGCCAGGAGAUGCCAGCCUGUUGGUCACUUCCGCAUGACUUCCCUCUGGCCUUGCAGCUGGACGGUGGCUCGAGCCCAGCAGCGGUGCCGGGCCUCCAUGCUCUUUCUUGCCCUCGGGCAUACCCACCUGUCCAGGGCUCACCACACACACAAACACCCGCCAAGAGACUCCAAAGCCCCUGCCCCCCUUUUUAUGGGGUAGGGAGGGCGCCUAAGUCCCCUUGUGUACAACUGCAGAUGUUUGACUGAGUUCAUGAAGAUGGGUGUCAGUGUGCUCCCUGAAAGGAAGGUGACCCCCAAGGGCAUCAGUCCACAAACAGCUUCAGAGAGGGGGUUGUCAACAGGGCUCAUUCACAGUGAGUCCGAAAAGCAAAUCUGUGGUCAACGUUGAGAGUUUUGAGGAGAAAGAGCAUAUGGCUUCUGGAGGCCAAACUGAAGGUCAGCUGGUCGACCACCAUGCACAGGAGCGGGGAAAUGCAUGGGUUUGUGUGAGCCUGGACGGGUGCUGUCUGUCUGGAAGGCUCUUCCUGAGUGCGGAAUGAUGCCGCUCGUAUUUGUGUGUGGCUUCCUGCAUUUUGUAGGACACUGCUCUUCCUACUUCAUCUUUGCACCUUGUUGUCAACUCUGCUUCAGAGUGUGUGGGUCUGUCCCUGUGUGUUUCUGUGUUUAUUUGCACGUGAGUAUGUAAGUGUGUUUCCAGGGGUUCCUGUUAUCUUUGCAGGAGAGGAUACUUUUGUGUUGACUCGGGCUUGCGUGGAUGGAAGCUCCUGCAUGCCAGUUUCCCCGUGUUUCUGCCUUUCUUAGAAACAUACCCAGAUUGAGAAUCCACAGACACGACCACAAUGGGCAGCAAAACCUUGCCCGCACCAGUGCCCAUCCACCCCUCCCUGCAGCUCACCAACUACUCCUUUCUCCAGGCGGUAAACGGCCUGCCCACGGUGCCCUCGGACCACCUGCCCAACCUGUACGGCUUCAGCGCGCUGCACGCCGUGCACCUGCACCAGUGGACGCUGGGCUACCCGGCCAUGCACUUGCCGCGCUCCUCUUUUUCCAAAGUGCCGGGAGCCGUGUCCAACCUGGUGGACGCACGCUUCCAGCUGCCAGCCUUUCCCUGGUUCCCCCACGUCAUCCAGCCCAAGCCGGAGAUCACCGCUGGAGGCGGCGGCCCCGUGGCGCUCAAGACCAAGCCCCGCUUUGAUUUUGCCAACCUGGCCUUGGCCGCCACGCAAGAAGAUCCGUCCAAGCUUGGCCGUGGGGAGGGUCCCGGCUCCCCUGCUGGUGGGCUGGGCGCCCUCCUGGAUGUGACCAAGCUGUCCCCAGAAAAGAAGCCCACGAGAGGACGCCUGCCCUCCAAGACCAAGAAGGAGUUUGUCUGCAAGUUCUGCGGCCGCCACUUCACCAAGUCCUACAACCUCCUUAUCCACGAGCGGACGCACACGGACGAGCGGCCCUACACCUGUGACAUCUGCCACAAAGCCUUCCGGAGGCAAGACCACCUCAGAGACCACAGAUAUAUUCACUCCAAAGAAAAGCCUUUCAAGUGUCAAGAGUGCGGGAAGGGCUUCUGCCAGUCCAGGACUCUCGCUGUCCACAAGACGCUGCACUCACAGGUGAAGGAGCUCAAAACCUCCAAGAUCAAAUGCUAAACAGAGCCUCCUGCUCACCAGGGCCCUGGGGCCCGCCGCUGCCGCCUCCUCCAGAGGGACCAGAAGCCAGAAGGCGACUCUAGCGGACCUUCCCGGACCACGUCCCUUGGGUCCCGGCCGCUUGCAGAACUACGGAGCCCCGCCCGGGGGCCAUGACCGGCAGCCAGGGCGGCUCCCCCAGGACGCGGCUAAACUCUUGGCCAAAAAGGCGGUACUCACGUGGCGGAAGGGAAACUCCAUUUAAAAAAAUAUAUAAGAAGAACGAAAGCUCCGCGGAGCCGCAGCGGCGCCUCUCCCAGAAGUAUUACUUUUUCUAUUGUUAUUUUAUACGUUUUCUUUACUAUUUUUUUUUUCUUUGACCAUAUAAGCUUGUAACUCUGACUGCGGAGAAAGAGGGGAGAGGAACAGAAGUUCUGCACGCUCGCAGCUUCCAGACCCCCCUCCCGCCCCAUCCCCACCCGGGAGCCUGCAAAAG